CUUCGCAAACACGACACAGUUUGCCAACUUCUGAAGCCUUUGUGCUUUUAUUUUGAAGCGGCGCUCGUCCCUCUUCCGCCGCGGUCUCCGUCCUGCUGUGCGCAGCCCGCCGCGGCUCGUGCAGCCUUCAGACGGCGCUGACAGGCUGAGGAGCGGAGCGCAGAGGAGCGGAGCACCGAGGGCCGUCCUGAGAGCAAGUCCUGUCCCGACAGCAAGUCCUCUCCCGACAGCAGCAGCAGCAGCAGCAGGAGGAACAACCUGUUCAACCAACUUCACUCAACUUUUACCGCUCUUCUCCUGGACACACGAGCCGGGGCGACGGUCGAGCUCGGACCUCGGACCAGAAACUCCGAGGCGAUUCGGGAAAGUUGUGUUCCUGCUGCGAGCAGCGGGGGGGCACCGUGUGACAAGUCGCUCCGGAGAUGUCGGGAGCGUACUGCAAAAGUUUGUACCCGUUCAGCGGGGAGCAGCACCAGCAGGGACUGAGCUUCGAGGCCGGGGAUAUCAUCAAGGUGGUCCAGGCUCUGCCCGGAGGCUGGUGGGAGGGAGAGAGGGAUGGAGACAGAGGAUGGUUCCCCUCCAGUUACGUCCAGGUCCUGGAGACAGCAUCCCUGAGUCAGCUUCCUGUCGAGGACCUCAAGGACCCCCUGCCUCCUCAGUGGAGAUGCUACAUGUCUCCACAAGGGCGGCGAUACUACGUCAACACCACCAACAAUGGUUUUCCUUCCUGUGUUGCUGGGUGCAGCAGUGCACGGAGCUGCGAGACGACAUGGGAGAGGCCGUCCAGCACACCUGGGACCCCCAAGAUGUCCCUCCGACACAAGAACUCCCUGCCGGCAGUGAAUGGAUUUCACUCGGGGGGUAGUCCCUUGCAUCAUGUGGAGCACGCUCACAACAGUCUGGUCAGGAAGAGCAGCACAGAGCCACAGAGCCCGGGAUCAACGUCGCCCACCAGGAAACAGAACAAGGAGACCACGGUCACGAUUAACUGUGUGACGUUCCCGUCUCUUGCGUGCAUGCCGGAGCAACAGCUGCUGAAGCCGAGCGAAUGGAGCUACUGCGACUACUUCUGGGGUGAUAAGAGGGACACCCAGGGCAACGGCUGCAUCACAGGAUUCGAGGUCUUGCUGCAGAAACAGCUGAAGGGGAAACAGAUGCAGAAAGAGAUGGCCGAGUUCAUACGAGAAAGGAUAAAGAUAGAAGAGGAGUACGCCAAGAACCUAUCCAAGCUCUCCCAGAUCCCUCUCGCGAGCCAGGAAGAAGGGACUCUGGGGGAGGCUUGGGCCCAGCUGAAGAAGAGCCUGGCAGACGAAGCUGAGGUUCACCUAAAGUUCUCUUCAAAGCUCCAGAGUGAAGUGGAGAAGCCUUUCCUGACCUUCAGGGAGAACUUCAAGAAGGACAUGAAGCGGUUCGACCACCACAUCGCCGACCUACGGAAGCAGCUGGUUGGUCGCUAUGCAUCUGUGGAGAAGGCCCGUAAAGCUCUGGCAGACAGACAGAAGGAGCUGGAGCUGAAGACUCAGCAGCUGGAGAUCAAACUCAGCAACAAGAUCGAAGAAGACAUCAAGAAAGCCCGCAGGAAAUCCACUCAAGCAGGAGACGAUCUGAUGCGCUGCGUCGACCUUUAUAACCAGUCUCAGUCCAAGUGGUUUGAGGAGAUGGUCACCACAAGUCUGGAGUUGGAGCGGCUGGAGGUGGAGCGGGUGGAGAUGAUCAGGCAGCAUCUGUGUCAGUACACCACCCUUCGACAUGAGACGGACAUGUUCAACCAAAGUACGAUGGAGCCGGUGGACAAGCUCCUGCAGUGCGUGGACCCGUGCAAAGACAGAGAGCUGUGGGUGCGGGAGAAUAAGACUGGAGAGAUCAGGCCUGUGGACGUGGAGAUCUGACCUCGGCUCUGCAUAUGCACACUUUUACACCCCCCCCCCUCCCCCCAGCUCACACUGAAGCAGAGGCUGCAGCCUGAGGCCUGACUGAAAUCUGCUGGGAUCUUCACUCCCCCCCCCACCACUGAUCCACUUGUGACUCCUAACAGACUGGGGGACGAUCGAUCAGUCAGCGCUCGCUGGCUCUUCACCUCCCCACAGCAGCCUGCUUGAGGAUGAGGGCAGUGUUUGGGGAGUUUAGUGAGUGGAAAUGAUGCGAUGAAUGAAGAUGUCAGGUAGCAACAGGUGUCAGCUGAAAAUUGGAACCACGAGUGUGAAUUUCGAGACGAACGAUCGCGAAGCAUCAACGAUGAACAUUGAACACGUGUAAAUGUUGAAUAGCUUUCUGUCCCGCAGCAGUGUGGCGCUGCAGCUGUGCGCGUGCUUCAGCUCUGUGAGGUAAUUCUCUGAUUCACUUGUUGUGACUUCAGAACUGCAAGUGGUUGGCAAAAAAAAAAAAAAAAGAUUUAACAGGUGCUGCUGUGCUGAGCAAGAUGCAGUCUGACCUUAGAGUGUUGUAUUACCGUGCACCAGAGUAAGACUAAACUAUUUUAAUACUAAUACCCACCAUAUGCAGGUAUUGACUGUUUGCGCAGCCCCACCCCUUUUGUUACUGUUGCUACACCCGUUAACAAAAAAAAAAAAAAUCAGCUUUCGAUAUUUGAACUGUGUUGACUUUAAUCACGACUGUUGAGUCUAAGCUCACGCUAAACCUCUUCCCCAGCUGGACUUUUCCUGUAAAAGAGUCUCAAAAUAUACACCUUGACAACAUUUGUGAUGUUAACAGACUGGUGAUCGCCAUAGAAGACAUUGAAAUAAAGUGAUUUUCCUCACAGUGUGUGCAGAAAAGAUAUAGUAUAUGUCACAUCCAGUACAAAAAAAACGUAACACUAUCCAACAAGUCUGGCUGUGAGCUUCAAAGGAGCGCUAACGUUACUCUGAACUGUGGUAUACUAGCAGCAUGAUCUCUGAUGGAGCGGAUGUUUAUACGUGUUGGUUUUAUGUGACACUUCAUAUUUAUUGUUAGCUAAUGAUCUGCCCCUAGUCUUUGGAAUUGACUCUGGGUUACGACUACAGGUAGUGAAUCAAAUGGUAUGCAGUAACGCGUGAACGUUAGCAGCUCACACUAAGCCAGGUAAACACUGGGCGCACGCCACGCGUCACAGCCGUAGCUUUGAUUCUCGGUGAUCAUCAGUCAGUGUCGGGGUGAGCCGACUGUCAAUCACUGGAGACUAAAAUCACCAAUCUUCUUAAUUCCUCUGAGAGAAAUCUGAAACCUAAAGCUCAAGAACAUUCCCACCUGUGUUUUACUUCAUUCAUAAUAAGACUUAAAAAUCAUCCAAUUGCACUUUAUAGCCAAAUGAUUUUUUUUUUUUUUUUUAUGAAUAUACUGUAAGUUGCUGUUCAUAUGAAAAUGAUUCUAGAGAGAGCUUACUUGUUACGCUUUUUUUUUUUUUUUCUGAAUUGGGAGUGUGGUGUGUUCGAGGGCAGCCUGGUGUAAAUAUAUGGGAUGUGUGAUUUGCAAUGAAAGGAGGCAAGUGGAGUGAAAGGAUGUACAGUGCAGUAAAUAGUAGAAUCUUACACGAGGACUUGGUAUACACACAUUUGGUACUGGUAGUAUAUGAAACAUACAAAGUGUUUUAUAUGCAGUAGAUAGCUGGCCCUCUAAAUAUUCAGCCAUUUUGGAUCCAGUGUCAGUGCUGCUGCCUGCAGACGCUAAAUGUUGAACAGAAUGCUCUUUCACCACCAUGUCCCGAUCAGUAUUACUGCUUAGUAUUACUUGACUAUUGAGAAACGAGGAUGCAGAUGCUUUUGUACAUUAACAGCUAAAGGUUGACAUUUUUCAUUAAUAAAAUGAAAAUAUGUAUCUUAUGUCA